UGAGAAGGUCAUUGGUGGGGUUUGGGUUUACUUGUUCUUUUUGUACUGUUUAUCUCAUAAAUGAACGAAUGAACUAGAGAUAUGCUUGUGGUUAAUAUUAUGAUUCAUAAAUUAUACAAUGAGAUAUAUAUUCCCAUCAUAUCCAUCGAACCUUCUUCAUUCUUCAAAAAAUUAUCCAAUAUGUUCACUUCUAUUCAUACUUUUCAUCACUCUCAAGCUUUGUUAUUGCAUUGAGAACAAAAGAACAGAUUUCAAGCUGAAUUUUACCGGCAAACGUGAUUUAUUUGAUUUCUCCGAAAACGAGAAGAAGGCAUUAUAUACUCCUUAUUGGGCCGUGGAAAUUAAAGGAGGUGAAAAAGCUGCGCGUGCCUUAGCUGAGAAGUAUGGGUUCCUUUACCUUGGGGAGAUUCUACCUGGAAUUUAUCAUUUUAAACACAAUCGCCUCUCCAAGAGAUCUUUAAGACAAAACAAUUAUUAUCAUGACCAGUUAGCCAAAGAUGAACAAGUAGUUUGGUUAGAACAACAAGUUGCGAAAAUUCGAGUUAAACGAGAUGUACACAUUCCAGUCAGUGAUCCGAAAUGGCCUCAAAUGUGGUAUUUGAAUCGUGGUGGUCCAGGCGGUUUAGAUAUGAAUGUACGAUCGGUAUGGGCACGCGGUUAUACAGGUCAAGGUGUUGUGGUUACUAUCCUAGAUGAUGGUUUGGAGACAGAUCACCCUGAUUUGAAAGAUAAUUAUGAUCCAUUCGCAUCAUAUGAUGUGAACAGUAAUGAUGAUAAUCCAGAACCACGUUAUCUAACAAGGGAUAAAAGUAAUACCAAUCGACAUGGUACACGGUGUGCUGGUGAAGUAGCUGCUGCUGCAAACAAUAGUGUAUGUGGACUUGGUAUAGCCUACAAAGCUCGAAUAGGUGGUGUACGUAUGCUGGAUGGGGAUGUAACUGAUGCAAUGGAAUCACGUUCAUUAAGUCACCAGUUACAACACAUUGAUGUAUAUUCUGCAUCAUGGGGCCCGGAAGAUGAUGGAAAAACAGUUGAUGGUCCUGGAAAACUUGCUCAAAUGGCAUUUCGUAAUGGGAUACAAAUGGGUCGCAGAGGUUUAGGAUCAAUUUUUGUAUGGGCCAGCGGAAAUGGUGGUACAAGUCAUGACAACUGUAAUUGUGAUGGAUACACGAAUAGCAUUUAUACAUUAGGCGUUGGAUCAGUUUCAGAACAUGGAUCUGUUCCAUGGUAUGCAGAACUUUGUUCUUCAACAUUGGCCGUCACUUAUAGUAGUGGAGGACGUGGGGAAAGGGGUGUUGAGACAACGGUAGGGAUGAAGAUUACUACAGAUUUAAAUCAUACUUGUACAGAUAAUCAUUCUGGUACAUCAGCCAGUGCACCGUUAGCUGCUGGUAUAUGCGCUCUUACUCUAUCAGCAAAUCCAAAUUUAACAUGGAGAGAUUUACAGUAUUUAGUUGUUUAUACAGCACGUCCUGAUGGAUUGUAUGCAGACGACUGGCAUGUGAAUGGUGUUGGUCGACGAGUAUCUCAUGCAUUUGGUUAUGGUUUAAUGGAUGCUGCAGCUAUGGUUGACUUGGCUUUAAAUUGGACUAAUGUACCGCCACAACGUGUAUGUGAAGCUCAAGCACCAAUGACCGGUAGUCCAAUUACAAUCAGACAAAUGUCUAAAGAAAACUUACCUUUAACUACUGAUGGUUGUGAAUCGGCUGCAGCACUUGCUGGCGAUUUAUCACAUCGAGUUGUUCAUUUAGAACAUGUACAAGCUAAGGUAACUUUGAGCAGUGCCCAGCGUGGUGAAAUUGAAUUGUGGUUAACUUCACCAGCUGGAACAGUUUCUCAGUUAUUAAGCAAACGACCAAAAGAUAUUGAUGUUGCUGGAUUUCAUGCAUGGCCAUUUAUGUCUGUGCAUUACUGGGGUGAAUUAGCAAAUGGAACCUGGAAACUGACAGUGAAAUCAGGCAAUGCUGUUGUAUCGAUCCAUGAUUGGAGUUUAAUUCUAUACGGAACAAAUACUCCCCCACCAUCUGCGCCAGGUUCUUCGCAUAGACGAGGUGUUCGACAACUUUCUAGAAAUCAAGAACCUAAUCCUACAGCAAAAACCCAAAAGUCAUGGGUUAAUCCCCAGAAAAAUAAGCUCCCCUUAGCCAAAACUGUGCAACAACCUCAACAGAAAUCUGUACAAACUUUGAAACACUAUUCAUUAAACUCGAUUGCAAAUCCUAGUGAAGGUAAUAGUGAACAUUCUUCUUUUAGUUCCUCUGAAAAUCAUAAUUCAUAUCCGUAUCCACCAUUUUAUUAUUUGAACAGUCAAAAUUCUUAUCGAUACUGGCCGACUUGGAAUCAUGAAUAUCAAAGUCUCUCACCCAUUCCAGCUCCUCCUCCUCCUGUACCACCACCACCACCACCACCGCUUCUACCAGCAGUCUCUGUUCUCUCAUUGCCAUCAUCAUCGUCGUCGUCAUCCUCCUCUUCACCUUCUUCAUCCUUAACAUCUCAUGGAUCUCAUGAAGUAUCGGCACACUAUUUUCCACCAUCUUCCAUUCCAUCAUCUUCUAUAGGUUAUUCUUCAUCAAAUAAUGGUUUAGAUGAAUCGAAUCCAUCAAUUGAUUUUGAUCUACCCCCAUUAGUUCUACAACCAAAUGAUUUUACGCAUAUAGAAGCGUCGAAUACAAUUGAUCGAAGUGGAUAUUCUGAAAAAGAACUUAUUCUAUCGAAUGAUCAUAGACAGUAUUCAAUUCACCAAGAAGAUUCAGUUCAAUAUGAUGAUGAUAAUAAUAAGAUUAUCCAUGAUAAUAUAAAAAAUAAUAUUGAUACAGAUAUGAGAAAAAUGUCAUAUAAUUCGGUAUCUUGUAUAACCAUAAAUCAGUUCUACGUAAUAAUUGCUGCGAUUAUAUCAACUGUAUGUAUAUAUUUACAGAAUAAAAAUCUCAUUUUUACUAUGCAACAUUUCUCCUAAAGUUAUGUAUAUUUAUUUAUUUAGAUAAAUAAUAUUAUCUUUAUCUUGUUCUCAAACACUUUUCUGAUCAUCUACUUCUAAUUAAUUGUAUUGUGUUGUGCAUGUUUCAGUGUACCAAUUCUACAUUGAACAUUGAAUCAUAAAAUAUGCACAUUCAGUUCAUACGCAGACUCAUCAAGUUAUUAUUCUUUCUGUUAUGUCAUUAUUAUUAUUAUUAUUGUUUUAGUGAUUUUAUUCUUAAAUGAAAAGAAAACAAAUUUCUUUUUGGAUAAUCUUUUUUUUUUCUAUUGGUACACUUGGGUUUGUUUUUAUUUUCAGCUGAUAUUUUAUUCACUAGACGAAAUUCUGCUUUUUCCAAAUUAAUUUUAAUACUAUCUCAUUAUACAUGAUAGAAGUUAUUUAUAACAUUGAUAAAAAUUAGCAUUAUGUUUCGCCUACAUUGGUUGUAGAUGAUUUGUUUCUCUCAUCAACAAGUUGGUUUCAACUUUGAGAAGCGUCGAUUGCGAGCAUUCCUCUUUGUGUAA